CCGAACGAAUGGCCUGUUCGAUGUGUCUCAGUGUCCCUCUUACACUUCACUUACAUUAGUCGUGUCGCGUGGUUGUUGACGGACUCAAAUCACGCAUCUCUCUGGCAGAAGCUGCCCGCGCCAGUCGUCAAAUCCACUCAUCGCGACGAGCGCGUGCACCAGCAAGGACAGCACUCAUUUCGCAACCUCGCUUGUGACCCAGAGAAACCCAAGCCAUUCAAACACCCACCAGCACGACAUCAAGAUGGGCGUCGCUUUCCAGACUAUCGGCAUGAUUGGCUCCUUCGUGAUCGCCAGUUCGCUUGUUCCUCAAAUGCUCAAAGUGUACAAGACUCGCAGCGCAAAGGAUAUUUCCUUGCGCUUCCAAUUGCUGUACUGCUUCGGCAUCGGCCUUAUCCUGAUCUACGGUUUCGGCGAGAACCUGUGGCCGAUCUACAUUCCGGCGUCCGUGGAGGAGGUGGCGGGGCUCACCAUGCUAGCCAUGAAAUUGUACUACGACCGUGAGGCCACAAAACCUGGCGCCUCCGGAUUCGACAACGAGAGCCACGCACUCGAGCUGGGCGCGUCACCGCUCACGCGGCGGAGCGAAACCAAGUUCACCGGCGUCGUGCACACGCCGUAGGCUCUGCAAGCCCGUUCUACAGAAAAUGAGCGCUGAAGCAAACGAUAAUUAUUAACUCGAGGAAAUUGAAGCGUUCGUUUGAGAUUGUUCGAUCAGAAAUUGCCGACAUUUGAUUGAUAAUUAGGUGGCUUGUUCGUGAUCGACCUGCGUUAUCAUUCUUGUC